GGCUCGGCAGGGGGCGCGCUGGGCGCGAGGCGGCGCCCUGCGCCGCCGACUUCCGGGCGCUCUAUGGUUGGGACCCGCCGGAGCGGCGCUCUAGACGGUUCGGUGCGCUCUCGAUGGCUCGGCGGCGCCGGGCCGGGCGGCUGCGGGGAGACGGCGACGGCGAGGCCCUGCCUCGCUGAAGAACCGCUGGGGCCUUCCGCCAUGGAGCCCGAGACGUUGGAGGCGCGGAUCAACAAAGCGACAAACCCCCUGAACAAGGACCUGGACUGGGAUGGUAUCAAUGCUUUCUGUGAGCAGCUCAAUAAGGAGCUAGAGGGUCCUCCCCUUGCUACCCGACUUCUUGCCCACAAGAUCCAGUCUCCACAGGAAUGGGAAGCUAUCCAGGCCCUCACGGUGCUGGAGUCCUGCAUGAAGAGCUGUGGCAAACGCUUCCACGAUGAGGUGGGCAAGUUCCGCUUCCUCAAUGAACUCAUCAAAGUGGUGUCACCCAAGUAUCUUGGCAGUCGGACACCAGAAAAAGUGAAGUCAAAGAUCCUGGAGCUGAUGUACAGCUGGACGCUAGGGCUGCCUCACGAGGUGAAGAUCUCAGAGGCCUACCAGAUGCUGAAGAAACAAGGGAUCGUGAAAUGUGACCCAAAACUGCCUGACGACACUCCUUUUCCGCCUCCUCCCCCUCGGCCCAAGAACAUCAUCUUUGAUGAUGAAGAGAAAUCCAAGAUACUGGCUCGUCUUCUGAAAAGUUCCCAUCCUGAGGACCUCCGGGCUGCCAACAAGCUCAUCAAGGAGAUGGUUCAGGAGGACCAGAAGCGCAUGGAGAAGAUCUCCAAGAGGGUGAAUGCUAUUGAGGAGGUGAACAACAAUGUGAAGCUGCUGACAGAGAUGGUGACAAACUACAGCAAGGGGGAGACAACGGAGAGCAAUGAGGACCUAAUGAAGGAGCUGUAUCAGCGCUGCGAGCGCAUGAGGCCCAUGCUUUUCCGGCUUGCCAGUGACACAGAAGACAAUGAUGAAGCUCUGGCGGAGAUCCUGCAAGCCAAUGACAAUCUGACACAGGUGAUCAAUCUCUACAAGCAGCUUGUGCGGGGAGAAGAGAUCAAUGGGGAGACGGUGUCUGGUCCCCUUCGAGGCAGCACCUCAGCCCUUCUGGAUCUGUCGGGCCUGGAUCUUCCGGCAACAGGCCCAUCCUACCCAGCCAUGCCCACCCUUUCAGGUGGCUCAGCAGUCCCUGUGCCUGACCAAGCUGGCUCUGUCUCCCUGCUGGAUGAUGAACUCAUGUCUUUAGGCCUGAAUGACCCAGCACCACAUCCUGCCCAGACUGGUGACAACGGUGGCUGGAACAGCUUCCAGUCAUCAGAUAGCAACGAGCUCAGUAUCACCCCUAUCAUGGCAACGCCACCAGUCAAAGCAGAUGCUGGCGCAUCCUCCCCCAAACCUUCUCCUUUCACCAGUGGCCUGGAUGACCUGGACCUCCUGGGCAAGACUCUGCUGCAACAGUCUCUGCCUCCAGAGUCCCAGCAAGUGCGAUGGGAGAAGCAGCAGCCACUCCCCCGGCUCACCCUGAGGGAUCUCCAGAACAGGAGUAACUCUGGCACCACGGCUCACAAUCCCAGCGCUCUGCCUGUGCUCCAGAGUGUUUCCCCUAACCCCACGUUGCCCCUGACCUCAGAGCUGCCUGCCCCUGCUACGGUUCCAAAAGCUGCCACCACGCCAGCAGGAAGCGCUGCAGUCCCACCACGGCCUCCUGCCACCGCGCUGCCCCAGGAGAUCUCACUGGCCAACAUCACUGUGCCUCUGGAGUCAAUCAAACCCAGCAGCAUUCUCCCUGUGACAGUGUAUGACCAGCACGGCUUCCGCGUCCUCUUCCAUUUCGCUAAGGAUGCCCUGCCUGAGAGGCCUGACGUGCUUGUGGUGGUGAUUUCUAUGCUUAGCACGGCCCCGCAGCCCAUCCGCAACAUCGUCUUUCAGUCUGCCGUCCCCAAGGUGAUGAAGGUGAAGCUACAGCCUCCCUCAGGCACAGAGCUGCCGGCGUUCAACCCUAUAGUCCACCCCAGUGCCAUCACACAAGUCCUGCUGCUCGCUAACCCACAGAAGGAGAAAGUGAGGCUACGGUACAAGCUGACCUUCACCAUGGGAGAGCAAACCUACAAUGAAAUGGGGGAUGUGGACCAGUUUCCCCCACCGGAGUCCUGGGGAAACCUCUAGGGCUGCCGCACGUUGCAGGCACUACACUUGCAGAGUCCUUGGGAAGCCAGCCCUGCCGGGCUGGAGCAGCCCGAGGAGAUGGGGAGGGUGGGUGGGGGGCUGCGGCUCACGCUCUAUUCUCCAGAUGGCCGGGUGAGGGCCAGAGGGAGCGUGCCUCAAGGAGGAGAGCAGAGACGCCAGGAGAUGUUCAUCCCACAAGACUAGGAGUGGAGUGAAAAGCUUCAUGUGGGUGAACAGUUGCCUUCCCUGCUCUUCCAAAGGCGUCACUCCCUCCCUAGUCUGUCCAGCUUCUCUUCUAACCCUGCUUUCCCCCUAGGUGCAGUGGGGAACAAGGAUGAGGAGCUUAACAGCCUCAGCCUGGGGCAAGGCCUAGCAAAGGAAGAUCCUUUUCCUUGUCUGUCCCUGCUGUUCUUCCCAGCCCUUCAGCUGCUUCGUGCUCUGCAGUGCUCCCUCUUGUCCCCCUUGUCCCCUCCUUGGAGCUGGGCCCCGGUGGUUCCCUGUCUGGUGGGAUCGCACUGGAGCUGGUGUGGAACAAGGUUGGACAGAGACUGGGUGUCUUUCCAGCACCAGAGAGCAGGCAGCUGCUCUUGCUCUGGGGGGGAUCAGGGGAGAGUUCUUCCCAUAUCCCCCUCCUGCCAGCUACCAGCAGAGCUGGUGGUGGGAGGUGGGCCCUGGGGUGGGAGCCUGGGGGCUGGGAAGGUCUCUGUGUCUUCCCAUCCCAUCUGCAGCUGGAGCUCCUGAGCACUGAACCCCCCGCAGUGGGAGCCCACACUCUCCGUAUGUGCUUUUAUCUACCACAGCGAGCUUUGGGGGCUGCUGCUGGACUUUGUCCCACAUGCCAGCCCUGAGAGGGGUGUGCUGGGGGGGCUGAGUCUCCCCGCAGCCUCCUGCCUAACAGGGAGAGGAAGCAGCACAUGGUCUUCCUAGCCCUGGCUGGGCUGGAGAGUGUGGUGGGGCAGGGGGCUUUCUCAGCUCCUCAGUGUCUUCUCACCGUGGGGUAGGUGAUGGUCUGGGAGUCGAGGAGAGACUGGAGCCCAGCCCAGCACCAGGGGGCACCACCAAGCUCUGCACUGGGAGCCCGGCUCUGUACUGGGGGGGCCUGGGUGGGUACAGCUGUGCCUUGCGCACCUUCACCCGCUGCCGUGGGCUGGCCUGGCUCCCUGCGGCGGGGAGGGGGCUCGCCCCAGCCGCCUGAUCACUGUGACACAAGAGCGGGGAUCUGCAGGCACGGAGGAGACCAGGGGGUGGCACAUCCCAACCGAUUCCCCAUCCCUGUGCGACUCGAGACCACAGGAGCUGCUUUCCCAUACCUAAGCUGGUUUUAACAGGGCCUGAUUUUAAAAGCAGGGGCAAGCUGUGCCCUGCGUUGGCUUGCCAGAGCUAGGAGGAGUGUGCGAGAUGGUGAGCGGGGUGCCUCAUGCUCUCAGCUUGGGGACAGCGAAGGUGAGGUGUCUUGGAGCUGGGCGCAGCGAGUGAUAGAGGAGAGGGGGAAGGAAAGUCUUUACGCUGGGGUUCUGCUGUGUCUUACUUCCCUUUCUGGUCUCUUUUCAGGGUUUUGUAUGGGUUUUUUCUUUGCAGAUCUUGUUUGGUUCUUGACAGACUUGUAUAUAUUUUCAGUGCAAAAUUCUGUAAAUGGAAGAAAACAAAGAAACAAAAAGAUUUAAAAAGAAAACGCCCGGCGCGAAGAAUCUGCUGUAUUUAUGGGAAAUAAAGAGUUCUUUCC